AUGUCUAUUUCAAAGAUUGCUGGUCUCCUGCUGAGCUCGGCCGCCAUGGUCGCUGGUCACGGUUACGUGUCGGGUGCUGUUGUUGAUGGCACUUACCACGGCGGCUUCAUCGUGAACACCUACAACUACAUGUCGGAGGUGCCCGCCAACAUUGGAUGGUCUGAGAAGGCUACCGAUCUCGGCUUCAUCGACGGCAGCAGCUACGCUAGCUCCGACAUCAUUUGCCACAAGGAGGCCACUCCUGGUGCCCUCUCCGCCGAGGUCAAGGCCGGCGGCAAGGUCGAGCUGCAGUGGACCGAGUGGCCCGAGAGCCACCACGGCCCGGUCAUCACCUACAUGGCCAACUGCAAUGGCGACUGCUCCACGGUCGACAAGACCACCCUCAAGUUCUUCAAGAUCGCCGAGGCCGGUCUGAUCGACGACAGCAACGUCCCCGGAAAAUGGGCAACCGACGAGCUCAUUUCCAACAACAACAGCGCCACUGUCACUAUCCCCAGCACUAUCGCCGCUGGCAACUACGUUCUCCGUCACGAGAUCAUUGCCCUCCACUCUGCCGGCGAGCUCAACGGUGCCCAGAACUACCCCCAGUGUCUCAACCUGAAGGUCACCGGUGGCGGCAGCGACGCUCCCGAUGGCGUCCUCGGCACAGCGCUCUACAAGGCCACCGACCCCGGUAUUGAGAUCAGCAUCUACACCUCGCUGGCCUCCUACGAGAUCCCCGGUCCUGCUCUGUACACUGGUGCCACAUCUGGCUCUUCCUCGACCACCGCCGCUGCCACCACUGCUGCUGCCACUACCGCCGCUGCCACUACUGCUACUACUGCUGCCUCAACCGUGAGUGCCUCUCCUAUCCAGAGCUCCUCGCGCCACCUCACCCGCACUCGCACUGCCCGUCCCAGCUACAGCCCCACUGGCACCCCUACUCCUUCAUCUGCUCCCACAUCUGCUGUCUCAACCUCCACCGCUACUGAGGAGUACACCGAGGCCGCUUCCACCAUCACUGAGACUGCCACUGCCACUGCUUCUGCUUCUUCUGCUCCUCAGGUUACUGACGAGCCUGAUACACAGACUGCCAGCUCCCCCGCCGACGUCACCAUCACCUCCACCGCCAGCGGCCAGUCUGCCCAGAGCUCCACCCCCGCCUCCGGUAAUGAUGACACCGAGUCCACUGUCACUGCCACUGCCACUGCUACCGCUGCACCCACCGCUGCUGCUAGCUCCAGCUCCAGCUCUGGAUCUUCUUCCUCCAGCUCCAGCGACUACUCCACCUACCUCAGCUCCCUGAGCGCCGAGAAGCUCCUCGAGACUAUCCGCUCCACCCUGAAGUGGCUUGUCUCUGACAAGAAGGUGCACGCCCGCGCCUUGGCUUACUGA